AUGCAUGAACAAAUUUUGCAAGAUCUGUGGAAAGUCGCUCAAGGAAAAUGGGAAUCCGGUGUCCUCCCAAGCGCGGAGAGCUUGGCUCGGGCGCGGGCUUCUCUCCCCACGACGCUUCCAGCGACCGGCGCGAGCCUCGAGUCCAUCCAGCGACAUAUUCUUGAUGACAUUGUCCCAGGAUUUAAUGGAGGCAGUAUAAGCCCUAACUACUACGGCUUCAUCACUGGUGGUGUCACCCCAGCUGCACUAUUCGCGGACAAUGUUGUUUCUGCCUAUGAUCAAAACGUUCAAGUGCAUCUCCCAAGCCACUCCAUCGUUACAGAGGUCGAGUUCAACGCAUUAGGUCUCCUCGCAGAUCUCUUCCGACUGGAUCGUUCCACCUGGCAGAAUGGUACCUUCACCACCGGUGCAACCGCAAGCAAUGUCCUCGGUUUGGCUUGUGGGCGUGAAUGGAUUCUUCGCAAAGCAGCAGAACGAAAGGGAGUUCAAGUGAGCAGUGUUGGGGAGUCCGGCUUGUUUGAAGUAUUGCACGAACUAGGUCUUUCUGGAGUCCAGGUGCUAUCAACCCUGCCGCAUUCAUCCCUGGUGAAAGCCGCCGGUGUUCUAGGCAUUGGUCGUGCCAAUGUACGCAGCAUUUGUCGUGCCCAUAAUAUGCUCCAUUUUGAUCUUGAGCUGCUAGAAAAAGAGCUGGCAAGAACAGACAAAGUCACCAUUGUGGCUGUCUCCUGUGGAGAGGUCAACACUGGCCGCUUUGCAACCACCAAGGAGGAUAUGACGCGGAUUCGCCAGCUUUGUGACAAAUACGGGGCAUGGCUUCAUGCAGACGGUGCUUUUGGCAUCUUCGGUCGUAUCUUGGAUGAUGAUCCGGAGUUUGCAACAGUCAAGACAGGGUCUGAUGGGAUUGAACUGGCAGACUCUAUUACUGGUGACGGCCACAAGCUUCUCAAUGUGCCCUAUGACUGCGGGUUUUUCUUCUGUCGACACCCAGACUUGGCAGCUCAGGUCUUCCAGAAUGCCAACGCGGCCUAUUUAACACCAGGUCCCUCAGAGGGACCUCCGAUUCCAUCACCUCUGAAUGUUGGAAUCGAAAACUCUCGCCGUUUCAGGGCCUUGCCAGUAUACGCCUCUCUGCUUUCGUACGGGAGAGAUGGGUAUAGAGAGAUGUUACAGCGCCAGAUCCGCCUCGCUCGAUGCAUUAACGAAUGGAUCUAUGACCACCCGGAGUAUACAGCAUUGCCGGAACCAACAUCCAAAUCAGAUCUAAUAGACCAGACUUUCAUGGGUGUUUUAUUCCGUGCCAAAGAUGCCCAGUUGAAUUGCAAGCUAGCAAAGAAGAUCAAUGAUACUUCAAGGAUCUUUGUGUCUGGCACGAGCUGGGACGGCGCGCCCGCUUGUCGAAUUGCCAUCUCAAACUGGAGAGUUGAUGUGGAAAGGGAUCUAGAGCUUGUGACUGGGGUUUUGGCCGAGGUAUCUGAGCUUCAAGAUUAA